ACAUCUAGAGUGCAAACCGAUAGGCAGCUCCACGUUCGAUCAAGACGUACACCGCACGUAGAUUUGAAUCUGGCCGCUUUCAACUAUGUUCAGAAUUACAACUACGAUCUCCAUCCCAAAGUUGUCAUUGGAAGGAUGGAUCAAUCGUGUCAGUUCUGCCGUGCUUUAAAGUUCAAAAACGAGACGGCUGGCAUGUGCUGUGCCAACGGUCAAGUCAAGCUACCCGACCUACGUUCGCCACCCCAGACACUCCGGGCCCUGGUAGCCGGGGAAACAAGCGAAUCGAAGCAUUUUCUGAAGAACAUACGCAAGUAUAAUUCGGCUUUCCAAAUGACAUCUUUCGGCGCUACCGAGACUUUCAAUGAUGAAUUCAUGCCUACGUUCAAGUGCCAAGGCCAGAUUUAUCAUCGCGCUGGGUCCCUCCUCCCUUUACCGAAUGAAGAACAUCAGUUCCUGCAAAUAUACUUCAUGGGAGAUGCUGAUCAGCGAAUCGAGCGUCGGUGCCGGGUGAUUCCAAAUAUCGAGCGACAAAUUGUUCAACGACUACAAAACUUCUUCCGUGAGAACAAUGCUCUGAUCCGACUCUUCACCACGGCGCUCGAACGGAUGCCAGCGGAUGAUUAUGCCGUGAUCAUUCGGGCUGAUAGAACACCAGCCGGCGAACAUGAGAGGAGAUACAAUGCACCAAUCAUAGACGAGGUGGCGAUUGUGGUUGUUGGAGAACAAGUUGGUUCGCGAGACAUUGUCCUUCAUCGUCGAGGAGGAAACCUCCAACGAAUUUCGGAAACUCAUCGGUCAUACGACGCGCUCCAGUACCCUGUCCUGUUUUGGCAGGGAGAGGAUGGGUACCACUUCAACAUCAAGAUGAGAGUCCCGAGAACCGAUACAGAAACGAAUAAGAAGGUCAGUUCAAUGAAUUUUUACGCUUAUCGAAUCAUGAUUCGUGACAAUUCCGACAAUCACAUUCUCAGAUGUCGGCUAUUGUUUCACCAAUUCAUUGUCGAUAUGUACGUGAAAAUCGAGAGCGAAAGACUGCUCUAUAUCCGCCUGAAUCAAACGAAACUGCGUUCGGAAGAAUACAUUCAUCUACGCGAUGCGGUGAACACUGAUGCCAACGUCGAUGCCAACAGUCUUGGGAAGCAGGUAAUUUCACCAUCCACGUACAUCGGGAGCCCGCGUCAUAUGCAUGAAUACGCCAUGGAUGCUAUGACAUAUGUUCGCGCAUACGGUCGCCCCGAUUUAUUCAUCACAUUCACGUGCAAUCCUGCCUGGGAUGAAAUUCAAGAGCUCUUGCUACGAGGUCAAGCGUCAUCCGAUCGCCACGACAUCAUUGCUCGCGUCUUCAGACAGAAAUUACGAUCAAUGAUGAAUUUCAUCAACAAAGAUCAAGUUUUUGGAGAAACACGAUGCUGGAUGUACUCCAUCGAAUGGCAGAAAAGAGGACUCCCGCAUGCACAUAUCCUGAUCUGGUUAGUGAACAAAAUCACACCAGACAGAAUCGACGAUAUCAUCUCAGCCGAAAUGGUUAGGUUAGGAUUCAGCUCUGCCUGGUAA